AUGAGUGGUCAGAGGGUAGUUGUUCCGAAAAAACUCCGAGUUAAAAUUCUCGAAGAGUUACACCAAGGACAUUUAGGAAUCGUUAAAAUGAAGGCAAUCGCCAGAUCCUACGUCUUUUGGAAGGGAAUUGAUCAUGAUAUUGAAGAAGUUUCUAGGAACUGUGUCGAUUGUAUUAAGUUCAAAUCAGAUCCAGUAAGGGCAAGGGUCCAUCACUGGGAAUAUCCAAGUGCGCCUUGGGAACGCAUUCACGUAGAUUUUGCAGGCCCUAUUUUUGAACGAAUGUUCUUGAUUAUCAUUGACGCACAUUCUAAAUGGCUAGAAGUGUAUACCUUAAAGUCAACAAAUUCCUUUCAGACAAUUGAAUGUUUGAGAGAGACUGUUUUGCAAGAUACGGACUGCCUUUAG